AUGCAUCGCGCGACCGCAGCUGUGGCUACUAAGCCGGCGAUGGACGCGGGUGCCGAGGUCAGGACGCCCAGGGAUCUGAAUACGCUGUCGAAUUACCGCGACUUUGUCACGCGGCACACGAGCGUGGACUUUGAGAUUGAUUUUGAGCACAAGAUCUUGAGCGGUGCGGUGGCGCUCGAUCUUGAGAGCUUGACGGACGAGGACGUCCGGGAGAUUGUCUUGGACAGCAGCUUCCUUGACAUCUCAGAGGUCAAGAUAGAUGGCAAGACUGCAAAGUUCGAGGUUGGAGAUCGCGUGGAGCCUUAUGGCGCGCCGUUGCGCAUCUCCCUGACCGAGUCGCUGCCCAAGGGCAAGACUGUCAGCCUUGUCGUUGCGGUAUCGACGACGGAGAAGUGCACUGCGCUACAGUGGAUGACGCCGGCCCAGACUUCCAACAAGAAGCACCCGUACAUGUUCAGCCAGUGUCAGGCAAUUCACGCCAGAAGCGUCUUUCCCUGCCAGGACACCCCCGACGUCAAGUCGACGUUCAGUUUCGCGCUGCGCUCACACCUCCCCGUGCUCGCGUCCGGUCUGCCGACUGGCGCGAGCGACUACCAGCCGCCCAAGAGGGAUGGCGAGCAGGGCACGCUCAGGUACACGUUCGAGCAAAAGGUACCGAUCAACAGCUACCUGUUCGCGGUGGCCAGCGGCGACAUCGCGUGCGCCAGUAUCGGCCCUCGGAGCACUGUCUGGACCGGACCCGAGGAGCUGCUCGACUGCCAGCGCGAGCUAGACGGCGAAAUCGAACCCUUUAUGAGGGCGAUUGAGUCGACGGUUGCGCCCAACUACCAGUGGACACAGUACAACAUCCUCAUUCUCCCGCCGUCUUUCCCGUACGGCGGAAUGGAGAAUCCAGUCUGGACGUACGCAACGCCGUCAAUCAUCUCAGGCGACAAGCAGAAUAUCGACGUCAUCGCCCACGAGCUCUCCCACUCUUGGUCUGGCAACCUUGUUUCGUGCGCCAGCUGGGAGCACUUCUGGCUCAACGAAGGCUGGACGACCUACCUUGAGCGGCGCAUCCAAGCGUACAUCCACGGCGAGGCGCACCGGCACUUCUCGGCCAUUAUCGGCUGGAAGGCGCUGGAAGAGAGCAUCGAGCGGUACGGCGCAGAGCACGAGUACACCAAGCUGGUCACCAACCUCAGGGGCCAGGACCCCGACGACGCGUUCAGCUCGGUGCCGUACGAAAAGGGCUUCCACGCGCUGUACCAGUUUGAGCUUCUCCUCACCAAGGACAAGUGGGACAAGUUCAUCCCGCACUACUUCUCGACGUUUGCCAACAAGUCCCUCGACAGCUACGAGUUCAAGGCGUGUCUGCUCGACUUCUUCGCGUCGGACGCCGAAGCUGCCGGGAAGCUCGCGGAUUUCGACUGGGACAAGCUCUUCUACGCGCCCGGGUACCCGCGCAAGCCCGACUUGGACGACUCCCUGGCCAAGAGGUGCUACGAGCUGGCGGCCAAGUGGGAAGCGCGCGUCGCCGGCUCGCGCAGCGGCGCCUUUGAGCCCCAGGCGAGCGACAUUGACGGGUGGGUGUCGAACCAGUCGGUCGUCUUCAUCGAGCGGCUGCAGUCGUUUGGCGCGCAGUUCUCGGCGGCAGACGUGCGGCUCCUCGGGGCGACGUACGGGUACCAUCAGACGGCCAACGUCGAGGUGUCGAGCCGGUACCUGUGUCUGGGCCUCAAGGCCAAGGCGGCCGAGACGUUUGAGCCGGCGGCGGAGCUGCUGGGCAAGAUUGGGCGGAUGAAGUUUGUGCGGCCGCUGUUCAGGCUGCUGAACGAGGCGGAUCGCAAGCUGGCGGUGGAGACGUUUGAGAAGAACAGGGACUUUUACCAUCCGAUUUGCAGGCAGAUGGUGGAGAAGGACUUGUUUGGGGAGAGUGGGUGA